AUGCCGCCCAAAGCCAAGACACCCAAGGCUGCGACAGCGACCGCAUCUCCAGUCUACAUCGUCAUCAAGGCUAAUGCGAUCGACUCUGUCCAUGCCUCCCCUGGCCUAGCCAGCACACGCGUCGCCAGCCUAGGCGAGGGAUGGAAGGUGGAGACACUUGAGCUGCAGGGAGGAAGCAUCCAGGUCGACGAGGAGGAACCAGCCCCAAAAGCCAAUAUAGCUGUGAAGAAGACCAAGCCACCCGCCGAGCAGCGCGCUGCAAACGCCGCGAAACCCGGAAAGCCGACAGACUCCGACCUUCCUAACAAUGUCAAUGAUCUCCUCGCUGGUUCCGGCGACGUUCUUUCGGGAAAGACGAUCGUUGUCACGGGCGUUCCACCGACAAUUGGCAGAAAGAAUGCGGAAGCACUAGUGACCGCAUAUGGUGGUAAACUUACGAAGUCGCUGAGCAAGAAGACCGACUUUGUUGUUGUGGGAAAUGAUGCGGGCCCGAAAAAACUGGAGCAAAUCGAGGGUCUGAACAUUGAGAUUUUGGAUGAAGGCCAAUUCAUCAAAUUGCUGGAGGGAGCUGGUUCUGGUGGCAAGAGAGCUGCGGAAGAUGAUGCCGAUGAGGAUGAUGAGGACGACGAGGAUGAAGACGAGGAAGAGGCGAAGCCAGUCAAGGCGAAGAAACCUGCGAAGCAGCCUGCAAAGAAACCGAAGAAGUAG